AUGACGGUCGAAGUGGUCGCCCCCGUUGAAUUCCAAAGCUCCGUCAUUGGUGGUUUGAAUACUCGCCGGGGAACCAUCAUUGACAGCGAAGUUCGUGAUGACGAGUUUACUUGUAUCGCCGAGGUUGCCCUCAACGAUAUGUUUGGAUAUUCAAAUCAGCUUCGGGGCUCAACUCAAGGCAAAGGAGAGUUCAGCAUGGAAUACAAGAACCACAUGCCUGUUCUACCCAGCCUGCAAAAGGAGAUGGAGGAAGCAUACAGAAAAACACUUCCCCAGACUAAAAAGUAG